AUGACAAAGCUCUUGCGGAAAACUUCGGUUUUCUCGUGGAAUGAGACGUGUGAAGGAGCCUUUGCAGAACUGAAGGCAACUUUGGCGUCCCUGCCGAUCCUAACGAGGCCCGACUCCUCAUGCCCACUUGAGGUGUAUUUGGCCAUCUCGGAGGAAGCGAUCAGCUCGGUCCUGGUACAGGAAAGGGAUGGCAGUCAAGUCCCUAUAUACUUUGUCAGCCGACUACUUCAAGACCCUGAAACUCGGUACCAGCUGAUAGAAAAGGUGGCCCUAGGCUUGGUACACACUUCCCGAUGCCUACGGCAUUACUUCCAAAGCCACCGAGUCAUUGUACACACUGACUGCCCAAUUUCUAAGGUCUUAGGCAAACCCGAGUUAGCCGGGAGGAUGAUGGCUUGGUCAGUUGAGCUCUCACAAUUUGACCUCACCUUCAAACCGAGGGGCCCGAUCAAAGCUCAGUGCUUGGCCAACUUCAUCAAUGAGCUCCAUCCCCUCAGCCAGUUCGAAGAUCAUUGGUGGACCCUCCACGUGGACGGUUCCUCAAAUUGCCGGGGAAGCGAAGCAGGAGUAAUUUUGGAAGGACCCAAAGGGAUAGUUUUGGAACAAUCCCUCCGAUUUCGGUUCAAAGCUUCGAACAACCAAGCCGAGUAUGAAACACUAUUGGCCGGACUAAGGCUAGCUGAAGACAUGGGCGCUUCGAGAAUCAAAUGCUUGACUGAUUCCAAGGUGGUGGCCGAGCAAGUAGCGGGAACUUCCAAAUUGGCCGCGACCAAGAAGCCAGGCCAACUAAAAACCAUCAUUCAGCAAGAGGUCGACCACCCUAGUGUCGAGGAAGUGGUAGCAAGCGUUGAUACCGACCACUCCGGCCAAAGCGACCCGCCCGACUGGCGAGACGAAAUCAAGGCAUUCAUUACUAAUGGAGUCACUCUGGCCGACCCCACCGAUGCCAAACGGCUGAGAACACAGGCCAACAGAUAUGUCGUCAUCGCUGGUUUGUUAUACAGACGUGGCUUCUCCACUCCACUACUCAAGUGCCUAGACCCCACCAAGGCCAACUACGUGAUACGAGAAGUCCACGAGGGUAUUUGUGGAAUGCACUCAGGAGCGAGAACGACCGUCUCCAAGCUCUUACGAGUCAGGUACUAUUGGCCGACCAUGAACACCGAUUGCGAAACGUUUGUGAAGAAAUGUCAACCGUGUCAGAAGCACGGCAACUUGAUCCACCAACCGGCCGAGCAGCUACACUGCAUUCCCCCUGCAUGGCUGUUCGCUACAUGGGGGGCCGACAUACUUGGACCCUUUCCGGUCGCCAAGGGGCAGUGCAAGUUCCUCAUCGUCGCCGUGGACCUUUUUACUAAAUGGAUUGAAGCCGAGCCCUUGGCAUGCAUCUCGGCUCAUCAAGUCCAAAAAUUCUUGUGGAGGAAUAUCAUCACCCGGUUCGGCGUUCCACAUACUCUGGUGACCGACAACGACCUUCAAUUCACCGACCGAAAACUCAACGAAUUCCUAGAUGGCCUAGGAAUACAACACAAAGUCACAUCGGUCGAACACCCACAAAUGAACGGUCAGCCUGAGUCCGCCAACAAGGUCAUUUUAACAGAGUUGAAGAAGCGACUAGGAGAAGCAAAAGAAGCAUGGUCCGAGCAGUUGCCGAGGUGUUGUGGGCCUACAGGUGCACGCCCCAGUCGACCACACGAGAAACCUUCUUCCGCUUAG